AGUUGACGAGUCACCAUAGCAACAGUGCACCACUGGGACUUCCUUCUCUUUUGCCUGAUUUGUUGAGCAUUUAGUAGCGAGAUAAACACUCAAACUAUUACCUGUGUAACAUGUAAUUCACUUGAUAGUGUUGAACGCGAGAAGAGAGAAGAUGUCGGAUAUAUUGUGCAGGUGGCUAAAUGAGGAGCUCCGGCUGUCAAAAGCUGUUGAGCCAAGGACUUUUGCCAAGAAUUUCUCCAAUGGUUACCUCAUUGGGGAGGUUCUGCACAAAUAUCAGCUGCAGAACGACUUCAGUAUGUUUAUGAAGAAACAAACCUCCAUCUCCAAACUGAAUAAUUUCACCCGUAUUGAGCCUACCCUCCAGUUAUUGGGGAUCUCAUUUGACAUAAACACAGCCCAGGACCUGAUGCAGGAGAAGCAGGGUGUUGCCACACGCCUUCUUUACCAACUCUACGUCUCCCUAGAAAAGAAGAAGAAAGCUGAUAUCAGUGGGACAGUGAUGGAAAUCAUGCAGCCUGCAGCAAAUGCUGGACUGCAUAAAAAGGAGCACGAGAUCUACUCUGAUGUGGUAAAACGAGAUGCAGAGCUGAAGCUGCAGCAAAUUUACGAGCACUAUGAAGAUAAAUGUCAGCAAUGGAGGGACAGGUCUGUGAUGAUUCAUCCCAUCCAGCAGAGCAGACCACUCAAAGGGCAGGAUGACAAGAGACUGAAUAAUAUAGAAAAGCUGCGGAUGUGUCGACAAAAGCACAAUGGCACCAUGACUUAUAACCAGGCCGCCAUUGUCCAGGUCCCCAGGCCACCUCCCUACACUUCACAGCUCAACCUAAAGAAGAGACAACGUCAGCAACAGCGCAGAGAACAACACGUCCAGACAGUCCAGACUGAAAUAGCCCAGUUUGAGACAAACAGGAAUAAAGUGGUAACUUGUGGUUUCUCUUCCUCUUCCAGUGGGCAGCCCUUCCCUGGAGAUUUCCUUGGUGGCAGCGGUCAUGGCAGUGAGGUCCCUGGGAGUGGAGCUAAACUGGUAUUGCAAUCCAACAGCAAAUACUUGAAGGAUAUACGUCAGAGGCUGGAGGAGAGUGCUCUUGCUCGUGAGCAGAGAGAGAAAAGACGAGACAGGUUCCUGGUGGAACAGCUAAAGGCCCAUGAAGCUCAAGAGGAGGCACGGCGAGAUGAGCAGUUGGUGAAGCGUCUGACACGUCAGACUCAGCAGGAGCAGCAGUUGGCAACUCAGCUCCUCCAGAUGCAUAUGCAGAAGGAGGUGAUCCGGGAAAACCGCCUGUUCAGAGAGCAGCAGUACCAACAGCGGAAAGAGAGGGACUUCCAGGAAGCUCUGGAGAGGGAGGCGGCUUUGGCUCGGCAGGCUAAGUCGGAUGGCGCUGAAGAGAUCAGAAAGGAGCUUGAGCUCUGUAGCCGGAUGUCCGCAGAGCGAGCUCAGAGCAGAUACAAAAAACACUUUAUGAUCUGCAAGGACAUUGUGGAGCACUUAGUGGACUUGGCCACCAAAGUUGGAGAAUAUCGACUCCUCACUGGGAAUCUGAUUCCAGAGAAGGCAAUGAGAGAGUGGAAGGAACUGCUGCUCAGUGGUCUGCCUCUCUAUGAGUCGAUAAAGGGUCAGCAGCCAGGGUUUGAGUUCUCUACCCCGCUAGACCCUGUAGAGCUUAAGAAGCAGGAGACACUCAAUAACCAGGACUGUGAUGACUACACUAACAUGAUAGGUGAGUGGGCAUGGCCUGAGGAAGGGGAGACCAAAUUACCCCUGAAAAACAACAAUGUUCUUGGACAUGUUGUCCAGCGACUGAAGAACAUUAUGAAUCCAUGCGAUAUGGAACCUUCCUUGCCUUUAUUUCCUCACUUUACCCUCAAGGCUUGUGUCCUGGGCAAGUUUUGCUCUGGGAAGACCAGCUGCCUUACGAAGAUUGCUCAAGCUCAUGGCAUCUAUGUCUUAUGUGCUAACACACUGAUUGAGGAGGCGCUGAGUGCUUACAAGAACGGAGAGGAGGUGUCAGAGCAGCAAGGAGAGAGUGAUAGUGAGCAACAGCACUCAAACUCCACAUUAUUAAAACCUGAUCUUCACAGUCAGGAGGAAAGUAGAGACAGCAGUCCAAGAUUGUCUACCCAUGCCGUGCAUGGAGCUGCUGCAAAAGAAGAGCUGAGUAAAGGCAACGCCAUCCCAAAUGAGCUGUUGGUUGAUAUUAUAGCAGAGGCUAUUAGGCAAGUUCCAGCUCAUUCAGGUUGGAUCCUGGAUGGCUUUCCAACAGACAUCAUCCAGGCCCACCUGCUAGAAAAAGCCCUGGGUGGAUCUGUGGAUGGAGGAAAUGAUGAUGUGAGCAGCUGGACAGACCUUGCCACUGAUCCGAAUCCUCCCAAACCUCCACCACCGCCUGCUCCUGUACUGGACCUGGCUCUGCUGCUGGAUAUCCCUGACGAGUGUGUGGUGAGACGUGCAUACAGUCAGACAGAUACAGAAAUUGCUGAUACCUCCAGUUCUGACAAAACAAUGUUCGUGGCACAAACUCCGCACAGGAUUAGCACUUUUCAGGAGACCUGGCCAAAACUUGAGAGAUGGUUUGGUGGAAAACAAAGCAUUUUGGUGCGUGUUGAUGCAGAUGUUGAUGAGAAGGAGCUUUACAACAGGGUGGAGUCUGCCCUGCAGGAAGUGAUGUUGCAAAGGCAGGAAGCUCGUGUCACACCUCAAGUUGAAGUUAUAACGUUGGACAGUCUGAAUGCUCCGGGAUCCCCCUCUUCGGCCACACCUUCACCUGUAGAUAGACAGACAGCCAUCACAGAGAAGGAUCCCAGCCGCUCGGACUCCUGCUAGCUUAAGGAGAAAAAAGCCCAAAGUGUGAAGUCACUUUCCAAAUCCAGCCCAAACUCCCCCAGAGGACCCUCUAGGAAGUCAUCAACCUCUUCUUUGAUCAAGGAGCCACCUCAGUCUGCCUCCCCCCUCCCAGGCGCACCUGCCUGGGUCUAUGUGGAUGAACCCCUCCCUCCAGAAAUCCCAGAAUAUUUGUGCCCCCAUUGGGAUGCAGUGUGUGAUUCUUAUGUGAAGAACAUAAAGACAGUGAUGCAGCAGCUUCGCUCACAGCGCACUGUUAUUGACCAUCACCUAUACAACAUCAGGGAGGAGUUUAAGCAUUAUCUUGGCCGUCCAGACUUGAAGCAGGAGUUGGUGUCUCAGUGGCAGAAGGACUUCAACAGUAUUGCUGAUGAUAUGAGAGAAGAUGAUGAUACCAAAGCAGAACUACAUCUAAGAUUAGAUGAACUGCGUGAACGCUUGUGGGACAUCAGUGACCAGCGUAAAGAGGAGGAUGAAAAAGAGAGGGCUGCUCUAGGAGAAGGCUGGCUGGAGGACCACAGUGCUGUCCUUAUCAACAACCACUCUGUACUCAUGCAGGUGGAGUUGGACCGUUUCCAGGACACACUGUGCAUCCUAAGAGUCUACUAUUUGAGCAUGUACAAACAAGUGCUGCCUGAGCUCCCCUCAAACUUUGUCUGUAUCCCCUUACUGGACAAGGAUCAGGAUGAGAGGCAAGAAUCACGCUAUCGAUUACAACCUAACCAUGUUAAUAGUCUAUUUUGUGCCUCCAGUUCUGAGCCAGCAGACACUAUUGUGUGUAGUCAAGGAAACGACGGAGAGCUCACAUGGAAAAGUAAAUUUAUUCCCUUCAUCCCAAGCCGUCCUGACUCCACUGGAGAGGUGUCCAAGGCCAAAGGCCAGGGUCAGGCAGAACCUGUCAAGCCACCCCAUGAGAAACUAAUCUCUGAUUAUGAGGAGGCCUUCACAGCCAUCAGUAAACUGGUGGCAGCAGAAGCCCACCAGGGGGAGACAAAAGAGCAGAAGGAGAAACCACCAGAGAAGGAAAAGCCAAAUAAUCAUGCUAGAGAAGUCAGAGAAAAGAUACAUAGAGAGUAUGCAGCCGCCCUGGGUCAUGAGGAGAAUUCAGCAAAGGUGCGCAUUGCUCUGCUGAAAGGUCAUGGUCUGGUGAUGCUACACUCCCUGCACAACAGAGCAGAACAGACCGCAAGCAGCAUGGAGAAGUGGUUACAAGCACAUUAUAUUGCAGAAAUGAAGAGUAUUGACCAGCUAACAGAAGUUGUUCGCUACCACAUAGAGACUGGUGCUAAGUUGCAGAAAGAGCUGGUAUUGGAAUGUACAGAUUUCUAUCUGAAUGGAGACUACCACAUGGUGGCUAGCCCUGCUCCCCCUCCUCGCCCAUCUCCUCUGGAGAAACACAUACAGACGCUUACCAUCACUCAACUAGAGGCGCUCCACCAGCAUCUAUACACUGUUGCACCAUCAGGCCUCAUGUCUAGUUCUGAGUUCUCCAGUUUGAUCAUGGAAAUCAUCUCCGUUAAUAUAGGCAGGAACACCUUACCUGAGACCUGGAAGAAUGAAACACAGCUGGUGGAGAUUGUGUCUCUACUAACUGACAACUAUGAGCUGAUAGACUGGCGUCGGUUUCUGCUCAGUGCCGCCCUCCCUUGGCCAUUUCCAUCUUUAACACAGCUUCUGGUUGUGCUACAGCGUUUCAAGGAAGCAGAUACUGGCUGUACAGGCUAUAUAAACCAGGAACAGUACCAACAGACAGGGUUGUGGUUUUCCAAAGAAAGUGUCCAGCCUGUCCCUGAGGAGCCCUCUGAGCCUCUACCUUAUGAUCGUCUGGCUAACCUUCACAAGUUCUUUUUCAAGUUGUUUGCUGACCACUCCACAUCUCCCCCAAAACUGGACUAUGUGACCAUGCUGCAGUACUUUGCAGCUGACCCUUACCCCAAGGAGGGCUUCAUCAGAGCCCUAAGUGUAGUUUCAGGACAUCAUCUCAAGCACUCCUCAACUGGCCAUCUUGUCAAGUCUAUGCCCAGUAUAGAAGAGGCCACAGAGCUUGGAUCCUCAGACCUUGAAGGAGAGACAAAUGAAGAAGAGACCAACCUGUGCGCAUCAAGCAGUUGGUCGGGGGAGCAAGGAGUUUCCAUCUCUGCUCUCCUCACUGUCAUCUGCCAUAAAGUCCCCAAGUCUAAAGAUGGAAACCCACUUCCUCCUGGCUGUCUCAGUCAGCAGGAGUACACUGAGCAACUGGUUAAUAUAUUUGGAGAGCUGGGCUACAAACCAGAGGACUGUGUCCCCUUCUCCAUCCUCUCUCAGCAUCCUUUCACCCAGGAACUAAUGGAGACCUCAACUCAAUACCAACUUGUAAACAUUCAUAGAGUUCUACUCGACCAACCUGCUGAAGGAGAGACCAAAAGCUUCACGAUCUCCUAAAGGAUAAGACUUAUACGGUGCAUUCUGCUGUCUGCAUCACAAAGAACUAUUUCUUUUCUUUUUGAAGUAUUCUCAUUACUUUUACACAUCAAAUGCUUGCUUAAAUGUAUUGCUAACUGCAGCAUUGAAUAAACAGACAUGCACCGGUAA